AGAGCAGCGGCGGGAGGAGGCGGACACGUGGCAGUGGCAGUGGUAGCAACCCCGGCGGCGGCGGCGGCGGCAGUAGCAGCGGCGGCAUCGGCCCGAGCCGCCGGCCGUCCUCCCUCCUUCCCGCCCCACAGCAGCCCUCGCUCCCUCCUCUCGGCUCCCCCGGCCGGGCUCGCUCGGCCGGGAGCUCUCUCCUCUUUUCUCUCUCAUUCUCAAGCGACAGGACCCGGCGCCGGGCACAGACCACCGCCACCAUGGGGAAGGGGGUUGGACGUGAUAAAUAUGAACCCGCGGCCGUUUCAGAGCAUGGCAACAAAAAAAAGGCCAAGAAAGAGAGGGAUAUGGAUGAAUUGAAGAAAGAAGUUUCUAUGGAUGACCAUAAACUUAGCCUUGACGAACUUCAGCGCAAAUAUGGAACAGACUUGAGCCGAGGCUUAACAACUGCUCGAGCUGCUGAGAUCCUGGCCCGAGAUGGUCCUAAUGCCCUCACCCCACCUCCCACCACUCCUGAGUGGGUCAAAUUCUGUCGGCAGCUCUUUGGGGGCUUCUCAAUGUUACUGUGGAUUGGAGCCGUUCUUUGUUUCUUGGCUUAUGGCAUCCAAGCUGCUACAGAAGAGGAACCUCAAAAUGAUAAUCUCUAUCUUGGUGUGGUACUGUCAGCUGUUGUCAUCAUAACUGGCUGUUUCUCCUACUAUCAAGAAGCUAAAAGUUCAAAGAUCAUGGAAUCCUUCAAAAACAUGGUUCCUCAGCAAGCCCUUGUGGUUCGAAAUGGUGAAAAAAUGAGCAUAAACGCAGAGGACGUUGUAGUUGGGGAUCUGGUGGAAGUGAAAGGCGGAGACCGUAUCCCUGCUGAUCUCAGAAUCAUAUCUGCAAACGGCUGCAAGGUGGACAAUUCCUCACUCACUGGUGAAUCAGAACCCCAGACCAGGUCUCCGGAUUUCACAAAUGAAAACCCCCUGGAGACGAGGAACAUUGCCUUUUUUUCAACCAACUGCGUUGAAGGUACUGCACGAGGCAUCGUCGUGUACACGGGGGAUCGCACCGUGAUGGGAAGAAUUGCCACACUCGCUUCUGGGCUGGAAGGGGGCCAGACUCCUAUUGCUGCAGAAAUUGAACAUUUUAUCCAUAUCAUCACGGGCGUAGCUGUGUUCCUGGGUGUGACCUUCUUCAUCCUUUCUCUGAUCCUGGAGUACACCUGGCUUGAAGCUGUCAUCUUCCUCAUCGGUAUCAUUGUAGCCAACGUGCCAGAAGGUUUGCUGGCCACUGUCACGGUGUGCCUGACCCUUACUGCCAAACGCAUGGCAAGGAAAAACUGUUUAGUGAAGAACUUAGAGGCUGUGGAAACCCUGGGGUCCACAUCCACCAUCUGCUCGGAUAAAACUGGAACUCUGACUCAGAACCGGAUGACAGUGGCUCACAUGUGGUUUGACAAUCAAAUCCAUGAGGCCGAUACGACAGAGAAUCAGAGUGGUGUCUCAUUUGACAAGACUUCGGACACCUGGCUCUGUCUAUCCAGAAUUGCAGGUCUUUGCAACAGAGCAGUGUUUCAGGCUAACCAGGAAAACCUCCCUAUCCUUAAGCGGGCAGUUGCAGGGGACGCCUCGGAGUCAGCUCUCUUAAAGUGCAUUGAACUGUGUUACGGCUCUGUGAAGGAGAUGAGGGAGAGAUACACCAAGAUCGUGGAGAUUCCCUUCAACUCCACCAACAAGUACCAGUUGUCCAUCCAUAAGAACCCCAACACGGCUGAGCCCCGGCACCUGUUGGUGAUGAAAGGUGCUCCAGAAAGGAUCCUGGACCGCUGCAGCUCUAUUCUCCUGCAUGGCAAGGAGCAGCCGCUGGAUGAGGAGCUCAAAGACGCCUUUCAGAAUGCCUACCUGGAGCUGGGCGGCCUUGGCGAGCGAGUGCUAGGUUUCUGCCACUUUUUCCUGCCAGACGAACAGUUUCCCGAAGGAUUCCAGUUUGACACUGAUGAUGUGAAUUUCCCUCUUGAUAAUCUCUGCUUUGUUGGACUCAUCUCCAUGAUUGACCCGCCUCGCGCUGCUGUUCCCGACGCCGUGGGCAAAUGUCGGAGUGCUGGAAUUAAGGUCAUCAUGGUCACUGGAGACCAUCCUAUCACAGCCAAAGCCAUUGCAAAAGGUGUAGGCAUCAUCUCAGAAGGCAAUGAGACCGUAGAAGACAUUGCUGCCCGCCUCAACAUCCCAGUGAGCCAGGUGAACCCCAGAGAUGCCAAGGCCUGCGUGGUUCAUGGGAGUGAUCUGAAGGACAUGACCUCUGAGCAGCUGGAUGAGAUUUUGAAGCACCACACCGAGAUUGUGUUUGCCAGGACCUCCCCUCAGCAGAAGCUUAUCAUUGUGGAAGGCUGCCAGAGACAGGGUGCUAUCGUGGCUGUAACUGGCGAUGGUGUCAAUGACUCUCCAGCUUUGAAGAAGGCGGACAUUGGGGUUGCGAUGGGGAUUGCUGGCUCAGACGUGUCUAAGCAAGCUGCUGACAUGAUUCUUUUGGAUGACAACUUUGCCUCAAUUGUGACUGGAGUUGAGGAAGGUCGUCUGAUCUUUGAUAACUUGAAGAAAUCCAUUGCCUACACCCUGACCAGUAACAUUCCAGAGAUCACCCCAUUCCUGAUAUUUAUUAUUGCGAACAUUCCACUACCCCUGGGGACUGUCACCAUCCUCUGCAUUGACUUGGGCACAGACAUGGUCCCUGCCAUCUCCCUGGCUUAUGAGCAAGCUGAGAGCGACAUCAUGAAGAGACAGCCCAGAAACCCCCAGACAGACAAACUUGUGAACGAGCGGCUGAUCAGCAUGGCCUACGGACAAAUUGGUAUGAUCCAGGCCCUCGGCGGCUUCUUCACCUACUUUGUGAUUCUGGCUGAGAACGGCUUCCUCCCAAUUCACCUGCUGGGGCUCCGAGUGGACUGGGAUGACCGCUGGAUCAACGACGUGGAGGAUAGCUACGGGCAGCAGUGGACCUACGAACAGAGGAAGAUCGUGGAGUUCACGUGCCACACAGCCUUCUUCGUCAGUAUCGUGGUGGUGCAGUGGGCCGACUUGGUCAUCUGCAAGACCAGGAGGAACUCAGUCUUCCAGCAGGGGAUGAAGAACAAGAUCCUAAUAUUUGGCCUCUUCGAAGAGACGGCCCUUGCUGCCUUCCUUUCCUACUGCCCUGGAAUGGGUGUGGCCCUGAGGAUGUAUCCCCUCAAGCUGGGUGGAGAAGGAAACCUACUACUAGAGCCCCGUCCUGCACGCCGUGGAGCAUCAUGCCACUCUCUCUGCACCCCUCACCCACCCCCUCUUUGUGUACUUCAGUCUUGGAACUCGGAACUCUACCCUGGUAGGAAAGCACCGAAGCAUGUGGGGGAAGCAAGACAUCUUGGAAUGAAGCAUGUAGCUAUAUGGGGGGAGGGGGGAGGGCUGCCUGAAAAACAUCCGUCAGUGGGAAUGACAGCGGGGAAGGUUUUUAUGUGCCUUUUUGUUUUUGUAAAAAGGAAAACUCGGAAAGACUGAAAGAAUACAUUUUAUAUCUGGAUUUUUACAAAUAAAGAUGGCUAUUAUAAUGGAA